UCACGUCGGCAGCGUAUCAGGAGUAGCUGUUUUGCGGUCAGAUCUACAAAGAAAUCCAGUCAGUUGAUCUCUAUUUUGGGAAUGGUGACCAUGGAAAACCUUGGACUGAAAGAGGGAGAUAAAGUGCUGUUGAUAUGGGCCCAACCGUCCUCCCCCACAACCUUGAAGGAGUUUGCGGAGAGCGCUGGGGCCGUUCUCUGCAGCCAAAGUUUGGUGUCACUGGAGAACAUGGAGAGGCUCCAGCUUGCUUUUCAUGCUGCUUCCAGUUUUGACUGGGUCCUCUCAGGACUUCUUCCAGACAGUGCCCCAAUUCACAGUUCAGAGACUUUAGUAGAGAUAGCCAGGGUCUUAAAACCUGGUGGGACGCUUGUGUUGGAGGAGCCGGUUACAGGUUCAGAGACGAAUGGAGUUAAAACGGCGGCAAAACUGGUCUCAGCACUUAAACUGUCCGGCCUCAUGUCUGUUACAGAGAUAAAGAGUGAACCCCUGAGCUCUGAGGCUGCUUCAGCUCUCAGUCAGCUGACUGGAUUCCAGGGUAACUCCUUGUCCAGGGUGCGCAUGUCUGCUUCCAAACCCAACUUUGAGGUUGGAUCCUCUACUCAGCUGAAACUGUCCUUUGCAAAGAAAACUCCCAAACCAGAAAAGCCAGCCCUUGAUCCAAAUGCCGCUAAGAUGUGGACUCUUUCAGCCAAUGACAUGGAUGAUGAUGAUGUUGACUUGGUGGAUUCUGAUGAACUGCUGGAUGCUGAAGACCUGAAGAAACCAGACCCGGCUUCACUCAAAGCCUCUUGUGGAGAAUCAGGAACCAAGAAAAAGAAAGCUUGCAAAAACUGCACUUGUGGCCUUGCGGAGGAGCUUGAGCAGGAGAGCAAAGCAGCUCAGAAAGUCAGCCAGCCGAAGUCUGCCUGUGGAAGUUGUUAUCUGGGAGAUGCUUUCCGGUGUGCCAGCUGCCCGUAUCUAGGCAUGCCUGCUUUCAAACCAGGGGAAAAGGUGGUUUUGGCCAACACGCAGGCGGCUGAUGCAUAAAGACUCUCGUAUCCAGCCUUACCCAUUCCACUUCUGCUGCUUUGUCUCUCAAUUUCUUCCCAACAUCAGAACUGAAUAGGGACAGGUGUGGAAGAAAUAGCAUUUCUCUCCUCAGUGGAAUUCUAAGCUGAGUCUAUUCAAUGCACUGAAUCAAAUCCACUGAUGAAACAAUAUUAAGAUGUACAAAUCACAUAUUUGCCAGCAUGCAUAUUUAUAUAGCCUUCUUAAUUCAAGUUGUGUUUGUUUAUUAAGAAUUUACCAUAAUUUUGUUUAAUUCAGUUUUUUCCUUUGACCACAAACUGAAUUUUCACGUAUACAUUUUUUUCAUGUAGUAAAUAGUAUAGAAUUGUUCUAAGCAAAAAUAAAAGUGUAAUUUAACAAAA